AUGACCACGCAAAAGGAAGAAGCGUUAAAGAUAAGCAACGUGUAUCUGCAUCGAGAUGGCAAACUGGAACUCAUAAAGGAGUUGGAGAAUGUCUUUAUUAAGGAAGUAUUCACAUGUGGCCACAGCAUAAACAUUUUCAUAAAAGGGAAAGAAGGAAACAAACACAAUACGUUUAUUCAGUUAGACAGCACACCACUUUCGAGUGCAUCUUCCAGUGGAAAGAGCUACUUAAACAUAUCCUCCAGUGACAUAAAUGAUUGUGAAUUUUUAACUAGAGAUUUUGUUUUGUAUGCUUUGCGCAGGAAGGGAACUCCGUCUAGUGGAUCCUCGCAACAUGGAGACCAUUUCGAUCACAACAACAAGGGGAGUGUUCUCCAGAGGAGGGACAUAAAAUCGACGACGGUGCAUCGUGGAAGGGUAGCUACAUGGUGUUGCCCCUUACAAAGUGAGAGUUCCCUUCAAAGAGGGCACACCGAUAUAACCCCUCUUAAAGAAAAUGCGCAAAACUACAUAAAAUGGUUGCCCGUCAAUACGAAGAAAAUUUUUCUGGGGGAAUUUCAAUUUUACGGACUGGACGAGGAAAAUAAAAUUUUCACAUGGCAUACAGAUGUUCAUUCGAAAGACAAAAUAAUUUACAACUAUCAAACAAAAUUUGUUAAUUAUGUAAACCUGCUGGAUAAAAUAAAAAUAGAUAAUGUAUCAUGCGGACAAAGUCACGCUCUCCUUUUGUCCACAAAUAAAAACUGCUAUGUGAUGGGCAGUAAUGACAUGUACCAAGUAUGUGCAGAAAAAAAAGGGCAAAAAAAAAUUCUUUUUUAUUCCUCCCCGCAACUGAUCAAGUUGGGCGAGGAUGUGAACAAAAAGGUGAAAUUUAUUGCUGCUGGAUAUUCACACAACUUAAUUUGUACUUACCAGAAUGAGGUAUACGGGUGGGGGAAUAACCUACACGGUCAGCUAUUUCUUGAGGACCCCUUUGUAAAACGGCCCACGCUUAUUUUCGACUCCAAACAAUGGCACAAACUUAUGGUAAAAAAGCGGAAGCUUAAAAGGGUCAACAAAACGGGUACCAAUAGCUACACACUAGCAGCCGCAUUUAACGACCAUGUCGCAAAACAAAGUGGAAGUAGCCAGCCCGAGUACAACGACGAAAAUGAUAACCCCUCCCAGACACCCAACAGGGCACAGCAUCCCCCACAUAAGUACCCUCAAAGGGACAAAUUUGCGAAAUGUAUUGAACUUAUCAAUAGGGAUAAUUAUGAGUAUAAGAAAACGAAAAAAUGGAGAGACAAAAAUAAAUUCAAAGUUAAAAAAUUAUGUUGUGGGUUUUCCUUCUCCUGCCUUCUUUUAAAAAAUAAUAACUGCUAUGUAGUCGGGAAGACCAACCCCACACUUGCUAGUAAAAAGGAAAAGAUAGACACCCUUCUCAGGAUAAAUAAAAAAAAAAAAAUCGAGGACAUUUUUUGUAAUUUUUUUAAUAUCAUCCUUGUGGAUAAUUUAAAGAUAGAGAAAAUUUGUCCCCAAAUUAUUCACCCCUCUUCCGACAGGGCCAUUUUUCUCCACUUGAACUUCCCCCUUAAGGAUUCCCUCAACUGCAGGGUUGGGCUUAACCACAUGAAUCAGGACAAUUUGGUUAGUUCUUGCUCACAGGGUGGCGCCUUCCCGGAUGCCAAAAAAGGGGAAACCCCCGAGAGGCUGCAUCUCUACCUAAGUUAUGACAAUGGAAGUGACGAGGGAUUUGGUGAACAGGACAGAAGGGAUCAUAAAGAUGGAAGUAGUCACCCGUUUGACAUAUCUGCACACACACUAUGGGAAAAAAAAAAAAAAAAAUAUUGGACAUCCUGCCAAUUUUACCAAAGCGAAAUGGAAAGAAAAUUAUUCCUCAACUUAUACAAUGAGCAUUUCUCCAUUCAGUACAAACAGUGCAGCAUCAUGCUGACCAGCUACAACGGACAGGUUUUGCAGCUCUCCCCGAAUAACUGCGCACUCAUGAGGAAUAUAAAAUUAAAAAUUAAAAUUAAAAAGGCACCAAUCCAAGUCGAGUCCGACAACGUCUACGUGCUUUUCCACUUCACCGAUGAGUACAAUAAUGAGGUUUUCAAAUAUAGCAAGGGGAGCAUCAGGCGAGGUGGAAAUUACAUUUACACAAAGGUUCCUUCCAUCCUGGAGGAGGACGUUCUAGAGGGUUGGGCAGAUGGAACAGCCGGGAAACAUGAAGUUGAUGAGGUCAAUAGUGCCGCUUGCAUUGGGGGAAAUUCCGACACACGUGACGAGAGCGACAUCGCCAACAGUUGUAGGGACGCCCCCACCGGCGAAGACACAACCAUCAACACUCACCGCUUCACCAAAUGCAACGUGCAUUACUCACUGGGUCACAACUUCUACGCCGACUCUCUUCCCAUCACAAUCAUAAAACCGGAUAUCCUCAAUAUCACACCCAACUUUGUGUACAUACACGACAAUAGCCCUAUUCGAAUAAACAUGCUCCACCUCUCUAGCAACUUCGAAUAUAUUUAUGUCACUCUGAGUAACCCCCGUCUGCCCAUUAUACGUGCGAAGGCCUACUACGACAGCGAAGAGGGAAACUUCUUUUUCGCUGUCCCUCCAAUUCCUACAGGAGUUUUCCAAAAGGCUCAGCUGGGCUUCAUAACACUCCACGUAUCCGUUUCGUACAACAAUGUAGAAUACAGCCAGAAUGAAGUUAUCCUCACCAUAUCAAAUGUGAACCCGGAAGGAAGCAUGGAUGAUACCAAUGGGGGCAAUAAUGAGGGGGAAGGGUAA